UCAUGGAAAAUUAAAAAUAUCAUUUGGGCUAAAAAGCUUAAACCCUCAAUCAAAAAUUCUCUCCUUUCUCCCUCCCAAAGUUUCCCCUGUAACCCAGUGAAUCCUUGAAUUUGAGGAGAGAGAAAGUGAAAAAUGACGACAAGAAUAGCUCCAGGAGUAGGAGCCAAUCUUCUCGGUCAACAUUCUGCUGAGAGAAAUCAAGAUGCUACCGCUUACGUCGGUAACCUUGAUGCCCAGGUAUCUGAAGAGUUGCUGUGGGAAUUGUUUGUUCAAGCAGGCCCUGUUGUGAAUGUCUAUGUACCAAAAGAUAGAGUAACCAACCUCCAUCAAGGCUAUGGGUUUGUAGAAUUCCGAAGCGAAGAAGAUGCUGACUAUGCAAUCAAAGUUCUUAAUAUGAUCAAGCUUUAUGGGAAACCUAUACGUGUGAAUAAGGCUUCUCAAGACAAAAAGAGCUUGGAUGUUGGAGCAAAUCUCUUUGUUGGGAAUCUGGACCCUGAUGUGGAUGAGAAACUUCUUUAUGAUACUUUCAGCGCGUUUGGAGUCAUUGUUACAAAUCCAAAGAUUAUGAGAGAUCCAGAAACAGGAAAUUCCCGUGGCUUUGGAUUCAUUAGUUAUGAUUCCUUUGAGGCAUCUGAUGCAGCUAUUGAGGCAAUGAAUGGUCAGUAUCUUUGUAAUCGUCAAAUUACAGUAUCCUAUGCAUACAAGAAAGAUACGAAGGGGGAGAGGCAUGGCACUCCUGCAGAGAGAGUUCUUGCUGCAAGCAAUCCAGGUACUCAGAAAAGCAGACCUCACACCCUGUUUGCAAGUGGUCCCCCAACCCUUCCUCAAGCCAAUGGUGCUGUACCUACUCCUACUGCUCCACGGCCUCUUGCAAAUGGUGCAGUCCCACCGAGUCCCAUGCCCCAAUUCCGUCCUCCACCACCCCCACUUGUAGGAUUUCCCCCUCCACCAAUGCAGAUGGCCAACACUUGGCAGGGGCAGCCCCAACAGCAAGGUCAAGGGCCUCCCUCGAUGCCCCCGCCACCACCACAAUACAGGCCUGCACUGCCUCCAAACAUGAUGCCACCCCCUCCCCCUCAGGCAGGUCAAGGGUAUGCAAGGCCACCUCCUCCAAUGUCAAUGGGGGGUCCACCUGGUUGGAGGCCACCACCUCCACCUCAGCAAAUGGCUGGCAGGCCGCCUUACCAGCAACAAUAUUCAAUGCCGCCUCCACCACCUCCAUCAGGUUAAUAUGUUGAGUUGUUAAAAUUUGGAUACCUAAAUUUUUUGUCCUUGCUGUAUAACAUUAGGUACAAAUUUAUUGUUAGGAUUAAGUUUACAUUUUAUAGAAUUAGAAACUUACUUUUCUAGUGAUAUAUUUUCUGGAUUAUUUCAUGCAACGCAAGAAAAACGGUAAGUUUCAAAUUUGACUAUCUUGUACUCCACAGCAUCACUUUGGUUCAAGACACUUCAAGAGCCACCCUAAUUGCUUGAAUACUGAGAUAUUAGUUUAAAAAGGAAUAUAUACAUAGUACUUGUAAUUCA